UCUAUUUUAAUAAAAAAAUAUUUUUUUAUAAUUUUUAUUUAUUUAAUAAAAAAUUAUUUUAAAGAUGCAGACAUUAAAAUGUCUUCAAUAUCUUUUAACCUUAAGUAUUUUCUGUUGUUGUAAUGGUUAUAACAUAUUGUUCAUGGGACCAUUUCCAGCACCUAGUCAUUGGAUGUGGUUGGAACAUUUUCAAAAAGAUUUACUCAAAAGAGGACAUCAUAUAACGAGCGUAAACAAUCAUCCCACUAAAACACCACAUCCCAAUUUAACAGAAAUUAUAAUAGAACCAAAAUUCGAUAUACCCAAACACUUUCCCAAAGAAAACAUUUUCAAAAUGCGUUUUGCUAGCGAUUUUCAAAAUCUACAAAUGUGGUGGCAUGUUGGACUAUUAACCUCUGAAUUUGCUCUGAAUAAUACCAAAGUCAAGUCAUUGAUUGCUAGUCAUGAUAAGCAAUUUGAUUUAGUUAUUUUAGAGCAAUUUUUUCAUGAAAGUUUUCUAAUGUUUGCACAUAAAUUUAAAUGUCCCAUUGUUACGAUUGGCACAAUGGGUUAUGCUGAUAAUAUGGAUCAUGCUAUGGGUUUAAUAACGCCCUGGUCAGUGAUACCACAUUUGGUCUUAUCGCAUACUGAUCGCAUGACGUUCAGCGAGAGAAUGUACAACUCAUACUUGUCAUUGUAUGAUGCCGUUAUGAGAAGAUGGUAUUAUAUGCCGAAAAUGCAAGAAAUGGCAGAAAAAUAUUUUGGUCCCCAUAUUAAGGGACCUUUGCCUUAUGUGCGAGAUUUAGAGAAAAAUAUCUCCCUGAUGCUAAUUAACAGUCAUAAAAGUAUGGAUUUACCCAGACCCAGUAUGCCGGGAUUGAUAAAUGUCGGAGGAGCUCAUAUAAAACCAGCUAAACCAUUGCCAGCUAAUAUAAAGAACUUUAUCGACAAUUCUACCCAUGGUGUUGUCUACUUUUCCUUGGGUUCCUAUAUGAAAAGCACCGAUAUGCCUGAAGAUAAAAUUGCUUUAAUUUUACAAGCAUUUGGUAGACUGAAACAAAAUGUUCUAUGGAAAUAUGAAAACGAAAGUAUGGGUCAUUUACCUACCAAUGUAAUGAUACAAAAAUGGUUGCCACAAAAUGACAUAUUGGCUCAACCUAAUGUCAAAGUAUUUAUUACACAUGGUGGCAUUUUUGGUGGACAAGAAGGCCUUUACUGGGCCAAGCCCAUGCUUUGUAUACCACUAUAUGGUGAUCAACAUCGUAACACUAUCAAGUCAGUUAGAGCAGGUUAUGCACGUUCUCUAACAUUUUCCGAACUAAAUGCUCAAGAUCUACAGAAUAACAUUGAAAUACUUAUAAAUCAGCCACAGUAUAAGCAGAAAGCCUUGGAAAUGUCUCAAAAGUUCCGUGAUAAUCCUCUACAUCCUCUAGAUGAAGCCUCCUAUUGGAUUGAGUACAUUGCCCGUUAUAAAGGAGCAGACUUCUUAAAAUCAUAUGGAGCUUUUAUUCCUCUAUACCAAUAUUUACUAUUAGAUGUUUUAUUAUGUGUAGUUGUAGGUCUAUUUUUAGUCAUUUGGUUACCUUUGUAUUUAAUUAAUAUUUUAACAAAAUUAUUAUUUAAAAAAUCUUCUAAAGAAGAUAAUGCCGUGCAGCAUAAGAAACAAAUGUAAGUGAUAAAUAAGUACAAAUUAGUUUAAGAUUUAGUUAAUAAAUAAAAAUAUUUUAAAUUAAAUUUAAA